AUGAUUGACAUCUUCUUUCUGGAGCUUGUGGCCAUUCUUUCCACCAUUCAGUAUGCAGUAUGCCUACUCAAACUCCCUCAACACCUCUUGCUUUUCACUGAUAGCCUUAACUCUGUCACUGCAUUCAAUUUUCUAUCUGUAUCAGAACUUCUUCAUAAUGUACUCUUACUCAGAGCAGCAGAUCUUAUACUCAGAUCAGGAAUCAACAUUUAUGUUCAACACAUUGAUAGAAAGGAGAAUAUUUGGGUGGAUAUGCUUUCUUGCCUUCUUGAUGAAUAUCAUCACAAAUUCACUGCUGACCAUGUCUGCAUCUUUACUUCACUAAGAGACCUAUUGCCAGCAUGA